AUGGACGAGACUAAGUUUGAGGAAAACACCAAGCCCAACUUUGCACCUAAUGAUGAGAUCACGCUUGAACUCCAGUCUCUGUACACUAAUUUCCAGAAGUGCCUUGAUCUUCGCGAGAAGUACAUGAAAGUCUCAUGUCAGCGCGUGGGUGACGACCCACGCGAUAAAGAUAGCUGGGAAAUUUACCCUCCACCUCCACCUCCUUCCUGGCCUACUACCGAAUAUAAGGCACGGGUUCCUGAUGGCCCCAAUAGUGUUGGUAGUGAUUUCGUCCGCGAAGAUGUAAAGAUCCCUGGUCCCUGUGACCAUGUCUUUGAAAUGGAUGAUACUGGCGUCUAUCAGGUAUAUGCAAGCCAGGAUGCUCUCGUCAAAAAACAGCCUAUUGUACAAGUCCCCACUCCCAAAGAGUACUUUGUUGACCUCGACUUUGUCCUCUCUGUCAUCUCUGACGGUCCUACUAAAAGUUUUGCUUUCCGACGGCUCAAGUACCUUGAAAGCAAGUGGAACAUGUAUAUCCUAUUAAACGAGUACGAAGAGUUGGCGGAGGCCAAGCGUGUACCCCAUCGUGACUUCUACAACGUUCGUAAGGUUGACACCCAUGUGCAUCAUAGCUCAUGCAUGAAUCAAAAGCACCUACUUCGCUUCAUCAAGUCCAAGAUGCGCAAAACUCCUAAUGACGUCGUCAUCUUUCGCGAUGGCAAGGAUCUAACCUUGGAAGAAGUGUUUAAGAGCUUGAAUCUCACUGCCUAUGACCUGAGCAUCGACACUAUGGAUAUGCAUGCGCAUAAGGAUUCAUUCCAUCGCUUCGACAAGUUCAACUUGAAAUACAAUCCGAUUGGCGAAUCUCGUUUGCGCGAGAUCUUUAUGAAGACGGACAACAAGAUCAAGGGUCGUUACCUAGCGGAGAUCACUAGGGAAGUCAUCUCAGAUCUAGAGCAGAGUAAAUAUCAAAUGGCGGAGUAUCGCAUCUCAAUCUAUGGCCGCAGUGAGACCGAAUGGGAUAAACUUGCAGACUGGGUGGUUGACAACAAGUUAUUCUCGCCCAAUGUGAGAUGGUUGAUCCAGGUGCCUCGUCUUUACAACGUCUAUAAAGCUACGAACUCUGUCGAAAACUUUGAGCAGGUUAUCCAAAACAUCUUCAAGCCUCUGUUCGAGGUAACACGCGACCCUACAAGCCAUCCUAACUUACACAUCUUCCUCCAGCGUGUCAUUGGAUUCGACUCUGUGGAUGAUGAGUCCAAGGCAGAGCGCCGCAUUUAUAAGAAGUACCCAUACCCGCGGGUCUGGAAUACGUCUAUGAACCCACCUUACAGCUAUUAUAUCUACUACAUGUUUGCCAACAUGACGAGCCUCAAUCGCUUCCGUCAACAGCGAGGAUUCAGCACUUUCGUAUUUAGACCUCACUGUGGCGAGGCUGGCGAUACGGACCACCUUACUUCUGCAUUCCUGACAUCGUUUGGUAUUUCUCACGGAAUCCUUCUUCGCAAAGUUCCUGCUCUCCAAUACAUGUAUUACCUGACUCAAAUGGGUAUUGCGAUGUCGCCCCUAUCUAAUAACGCUCUAUUCUUGGAUUAUGAGCGCAACCCCUUCCCGGUCUUCUUCCAUCGCGGACUAAAUGUCAGUCUGAGCACUGAUGACCCACUGCAAUUUCACUUCACUAAGGAGCCUCUUAUUGAGGAGUACAGUGUUGCUGCACAGAUUUGGAAGUUAUCUGGAGCAGACAUGUGUGAAAUCUCUCGCAAUUCGGUCCUCCAAUCUGGAUUCGAAAACAAGAUCAAGAAGCAUUGGAUUGGCAAGAAAUGGUAUCUCCCGGGCGUCCAAGGCAAUGACAUGGAGAAGACUAAUGUGCCCAAUAUCCGUGUCUCCUUCCGUCAUGAAACAUUGCGUGAAGAGCUGGAUAUGCUUCAGCGUUACUCUCAGUUGGCGCAUCCCUCCAUGUUCACGAACUUGCAUCAUGAUUUGAGUAAGCGUAUGGCUUCGAGCACAGCUUCGCCCGCCAUCUUUGCUCACGGUAGUGGUAUUGGCAAUAGUGGAACGGGCCAAUCGCUUGUUUUAGAAUCGCCUUUUGCACUUAACCCCCAGAGUCCUCCGAUCGGAUGUGGACCAUUCGAGACGAGUGACAUCGGUUUGCUGCAAAUGCAUCCUCACCUACCAAGAGCUUCUAUAGAAACUAGCCGUGAAACUAGUGGUCAUACCAACGUGAUGACGGUCGCACACCAAUUGGGAAUGAUUUCAGUAGUAUCAGGCGUCUCGGAGAUGGCUGAGCGUGCUGCCGCCAAGAAGAGAGAGAGAAAGCGCCUUGCUGCAGAACAGAAAGUGGAAUUAGAGUAG